CAUAAAAAAAAUUUCUGGGAUUUUUAUAAAGUCAAAUACUCAUCUAUGUUAUACUUACGAUGCAUUCAUAAUCACUAUCCAUGUUCAAUCUUGCCAGAAACAAACACUGGGAGUUAUGGUGAUUUUCAAUGGAUGUGGAUGAUGCUCUUAAUGAAAAUGAAGUUUUAUUUGAACAAAUAAGUCAUUUGCCAUUUUUUCGGUUUGUUUUUUAAGCAAUGUGCUUGGAAGUUUAGUAUAUGAAGCUUGCAAAGACAAUGUACCUAGCGAAGCAUGCUUCGAUUGUACAGACCCUGUUAUGAAUCAAUUUUGUCAAUCAACAUGCAAUACGUGUGUUAACAUAAAUGGUACAAUUAAAUCUGUUAGUGCAACCAGCAUUCCUUUUGGACAACCUCAAUCUGGCCUAAAAUAUUCAAUGAUUUAUAAUGAUUCUCAAAACUGCUUUUUGGAUGUGCGCUUAAAUGAUAGUAAUAUUUACUGUAAUCCAACCAAUGAGAUUGAAACCGAGUUUUAUCUAGUGAAUGUAACAUCAACAAUAUCUCUGACAUCGACUGGUCAAUUUCAAUUGCUUUCUUCUGUUUCCGCUGGAGCUUCUGUGUAUUCUUUUUGUACAAAAAUAAGAUAUGAAUCGUUUUCUGAAUCGUUAAUUGGUCAAGUUUUUAGUUUUCCUACAAUAAAUUUAUUUUCAUAUAAAGUUAACCUUCCUUUAAACCUAAAUGUUACAAAUUUAGUUUUUUCAUUAGAUAAUUUCGACUGUUUCAAUUUCAGUAGUUUAAGAUUACGUGUCUAUUUGUUAGUGUCUCAAGACAAUUUAUUUAACAAUGUUUUUAUUGAUCUACAAAAUAUGUUGUAUGAUUAUUCAAACUUAUAUCUUUCAAACGAACAAUCUGUAAAUUUUGUUUUGGCUCUUGGUGUUAAUCAAAUUGAUUUGCUGAACCUCUAUAAUUUUGCUUCAAAAAAGUAUUCUGGAUUAGUGAAUUAUAUUGGUAUUGUUGUAAUGCCUGAAAAUAAAUUGCUAGUUGAUUCUUAUUGUAAUGUUAACAAUAGUAAUAUUGAAUUGGAUAUAGCAUAUGGAACAGUUCCAAUGACAACAGUCUCUUUGGAUUGGGCUAUAACUUUUAGUACUGAUAUAAAUUUGUUAUUUAACCAGAGUAUACCGAAUCAUCCAUUGACAUCUGUAUUUACAUAUAAAGUUAAUUUGUUUUCAAAUGUAGAUGUUUCAAGUUUGAAUUUUUCAAUUGAUAAUUCUAAUAAUUGUAAUGUUUAUAAUAACCUUACUAUGACUAUCUAUUUACUUGUGUCUCAAGACAUUCCAAUUAACAGUACAGAUGAAUUGCAAAAGUUGUAUGAUUAUUCAAUGUUGUAUCUUUCAAACAAACCAUUUGUAGAUUUUGUUUUACAGCAAGGAUACAAUAAUAUUGAUUUGAUAAACCUCUUUAAUGAUGCUAAAAACAAUUAUCAUGGAGUAGUGAAUUAUAUUAGUAUUAUUGUAAUAUUUAAAAACAUUUUAAAAAAUGAUGUAUAUUGUGAAGUCAACCAAAAUAAUGUUGCAUUGCUUAUAUCAUUCGGAAAAGAAUUAUUUCAUGGAGCAGUUUCUUUUCAAUCAGCCAAAGAUAACAAGUAUCUUCGUCUUAGUAAUAUGGUUAUUAGACUUGACAAUUUUUUAUCAACAGAUUAUGCUGGUGAUAGAUCAUAUUAUGUCCAUCAAAAGGAUUCAUAUAUUUCUAUACAGUCAGCACAUCCUGCUUAUCUUUUACAUUUUAUUGGAAAAAAUGGUGAUUGUUUCAAAAUAUUGCCAGAUGCAAAUGUUCCAGCUUUUACUCUAGUUGUAACUGGUUUGAUGAUUAAAAACAUUGUAAGCAUCAACAGAUAUUCAGUCAAUGUUACCAUAAACUCUUCCAUUCCAAUUUGGAAUUUAAAAACAGAUUUUGUAAUUAAAUGCAAAGAUUCUAAUGAUGCAGUCAAUUUAUAUCCUGUUACAAACUAUGUAGCUGCUGUGUCUUCACUACAAGCUUAUACUUUGUACAAAUUUUCUGCAGGUGUAAAAAAUGAAUUUGGUUUUUAUGUGUAUGGGCAAGUGCUUUUUUAUCAAAAUGACGAAGAUGUUCCAGGUGGUUGUCCACGUAAUUUUACUGUUGCAACAGUCAACUUUACAAAUCUAAAAUUAUCAUGGGCUGAGGUUGAAAGUUCAUUAAAAAAUGGAAUAAUAGUAAAUUAUAUUUAUUGGUGUAACAGCUCUGAUAAUAGUUUUUCAAAGAAAGUAGACAACACUACUUUUAAUGCAGAAAUUAACAAUCUUAUUCAAUAUCCAGAUUCAAUUUAUAAUUGUUCAGUCGCAGCAUGCACCAAGCUUGGUUGUGGUGUGCAGGCUUUUGCGUUUAAUAUUACAUUAGUCAGAAAUGUUUCCAAAACAUUGUGGAAGGUUUUCAAUGAUGUCACUUUACAAGGACAUUUACUAUUGAUGAAUUUACAGAUUUAUCCAACAUUUAAUGAACCUUUAAAUGCUGAUAUGCAAUUUGAGUUUUUUUUACCCCCAUACUUAAGUUUCACUUCUGCAAGUCUAAUACAGAGUUUCGUUAAAGCAGAUGGCAAUAGAAUAAAAUACUAUUUUACUGGAUUAAUUAAUUCUUCUGAAACAUUCGAUUACAACUUUACUGCUUUAUUCAAUGAUACAAAAUGCCCUUUACCUGGUAUUUUUACAUUAAAUAUUCCUUUGAAGAUAUCAAUUCAAGUGGAAUUAGAUAAACCCAGAGUAUUCUUUAAAGCAUUCAGAAAAGUUGUUGAGUGCUUUGGGUAUCCAUAUAUUCCAAUUUUCAAAGACCAACUAAUUCUUAAAGAAAGCUAUGGCCGUGGUAUUUAUUGGGAUGCAAAAAAUUUAAAUAUUUAUGUCUGCAUGAAUCAACAUUUUCCUAGUGCAAAAGUAGCAUGCUAUGUUUCAAAUGAUGAGGGAGGUUUGUGGUAUGAAUUAGAUGUACGUGUUGGUUCGGUUCUUGGUCACCACUUGUUAACCAAUGAACUGUAUGCAAUCCAUCGUAAUCAAAAAACGUAUAUGAUGUUUCACAACAUCCAUAAGAAAUGGUUAUCAAUAACCAAGCAACAAUUUAUGGACACAGCAUCCAGUUUUAUUGAUCCAUCAAUGCGAAAAAAUUUGGAAGGAGAAUAUAAUCAAGCUUACACAUUAGGACCAAAUAAAUGGUUAGGAAACGCACAAGGUUUAUUUUUUCUUCACAAAAAUGGUACCUGGAUAUUGCGAAUACGGUGGCGUUUUUGAAGAUUGGUUUUUAUGCCGACAAAAGUUUAUACAUAUAUCGAAUCGAAUAUUAAUGAAACAGGAGUCGUGUUUUGCCAUUUUGAUAAGCGUUAUUUUAACUUAUAAAU